AUGAACACCUUUUCCAUCCGCGCCUUCAUCCCGCCUUUGACGCGUCGCGCAGUUCCUCUUCGCACAACGCGUUGCUACGCUGUUCAAGCUCCCGGAGCUCCCACCGUGGAGAUCUUCAGCCAGCAGCACAAAUGGAUGCAAAAAGAGCGUGCAGCAAGAAACGUCGAAGCUAGUCGUGGCGUCGACUACCUCCGCGAUGAGGUGGCUUCCCGGUUAUGCGAAAGAUUACUGGAUAUCAAUCGCCAUUUCCCACGCGUUCUGGACCUUGGCGCAAAUGCCUGCAACAUCGCUCGCCAGCUCACCUUCCCGUCUGAAGACUCUCCCGACGCUGGGCCACGCGGAAACCGCGUCGGCAAACUCACGGCCGCAGACUCCUCCGAAACCCUCCUCUUCCGUGACGUAGACCUUCCAUUCAACAAGGAAAUCGACAUUGAACGUCAAGUCCUGCCUGCGUCCGAAUUGCUUCCUUACGAGGCGAAUACAUUUGAUGCUGUAUUGAGCAGCCUGAGCAUGCACUGGAUCAAUGACCUGCCCUCCGUACUGGCACAGGUCAACAACAUCUUGAAGCCAGACAGCCCUUUUAUAGGCGUCAUGAUGGGUGGAGACAGCCUGUUUGAGCUGCGGACGUCAUUACAACUUGCCGAACAGGACAGAAGAGGCGGAGUCGCAACUCACACAUCGCCCUUAGCCGAUGUGCGCGACGUCGGCGGAUUGCUGCAGAAGACGGGCUUCAAUCUCCUCACUGUAGAUGUUGACGACAUCGUUGUUGACUUUCCUGAUGUCUUCGCGCUUAUGAAAGACUUACAAGCCAUGGGCGAGUCCAAUGCCGUCAUAUCGCGUGAGAAGGGCGCUAUACAACGAGACGUGCUGUUAGCUGCCGAGGGCAUAUACAGAGCGCUUCAUGGAAACGAAGAUGGAAGUUUACCGGCCACGUUCCGUCUGAUUUAUAUGAUCGGCUGGAAACAUAGCCCGAAGCAAGCGAAGCCUCUGGAUCGCGGCACAGGCAUGUUCAGCAUCAAGGACUAUCUUGAGAAAAAUGGUGGGGAGAAAUAG